CAAAAGGCAGUGAGGAGAAGAAGAAGGAAUGGCGAGUCGGGUGGUGAGGGUGGCGCAGGAUGGAAGCGGGGAUUAUCGGACGGUUCAGGAAGCGAUAGACACGGUCCCACUGGGGAACAAUUGCCGGACGGUGAUAAGGGUGUCACCGGGUGUCUACAAACAGCCUCUCUACGUGCCGAAGACCAAGAAUUUCAUCACCCUUGCUGGGUUGCGCCCUGAAGACACUAUCCUCACAUGGAACAACACCGCCACCAAGAUCGACCAUCACCAGGCGUCUCGAGUCAUUGGAACUGGGACCUUUGGAUGUGCAAGUACCAUAGUCGAAGGAGAGGAUUUCAUUGCCGAGAAUAUCACAUUUGAGAACUCUGCUCCGGAGGGAUCAGGCCAAGCUGUGGCACUCAGAGUAACAGCUGAUCGAUGUGCAUUCUAUAAUUGCAGGUUUCUUGGGUGGCAGGAUACCCUGUAUCUACAUUAUGGAAAACAAUAUUUGAAAGAUUGCUACAUUGAAGGAAGUGUGGACUUCAUCUUUGGGAAUAGCACUGCUCUGUUGGAACAUUGCCAUAUCCACUGCAAGUCACCAGGAUUCAUAACCGCUCAAAGUAGGAAAUCUUCCCAGGAGUCGACUGGUUAUGUGUUCCUGAGGUGUGUGAUCACUGGCAACGGUGCAACUGCAUAUUCACAUCUUGGGAGGCCAUGGGGGCCAUUUGGAAGGGUGGUCUUUGCAUACACUUGGAUAGAUGCUUGUAUUAAACCUAUUGGAUGGCACAACUGGGACAAAACUGAAAAUGAGAGAAGUGCUUGCUUUUAUGAAUACAGGUGUUUUGGGCCAGGUAGUUGCCCCUCAAAAAGAGUGACGUGGUGUAGGGAACUUGUGGAUGAAGAAGCUGACCAGUUCCUUCAACACUUUUUCAUUGACCCAGAUUCUGAAAGGCCUUGGCUAGCCCAAAGAAUGGCCCUGAAGAUACCAUACUCUGCAUAGAGAUUAUUGGAGGUAGCUGCAUUUGCAGAUACCCAAGCUGGUGAUCCGAGAUCUAACCCAGAUAGAUGCUCAUAUGGAAGAUGAAUAAGGUAAACUAGCUUGACUUAAAAGAUGCAGGAGAUGUAAUUGGCCUUUCCAGUAGAUGAAUCAGGGUAGUAGGCAAUAGAUGAAAGGACACUCUUCAUGAUAAGAUCUUAGGAAGUUAUGUAUAUGUUCCCUGAUGUACCUCAGCAGUAGUGAACUAUUUGAAACAGCUUCUGUCAGUAACAUGUUUGGGUUGUGUUGGAUAA